CAGGGGUUGGGGCAGAAAACGAAAAGGAGCUUCGUGUUUGACCAUACUGAGCAUGCUCGAAUGCUUAUGCGCAUGCUCAGAAUGAUGCACCGGGCCGGACUCGUUGAGCGGCUGGGGAAAGAACUCCUCCUGAGAGGAGGAGGAAGAAGAAGCCGAGGUGAAAAACCGCUUCGCCGCCGCUCUCUGCCCUUUCAGAGCCUGAACCGAGCGGGGCGCUGAAGAGCCGCCGCCGCCCAGCAGCAACCGCGCUGGGCCGCAGAGAGAGACGGAGGGAGGUGGCCGCCGGCUUCCGCUCGUCAUGGUCGCGUCGCGGCUGCCCCCGGCCGCGCUCACGCUGAAGCAGUUCCUGAGAAGGCAGCAGGUUCUUCAGUUGUACAGGAAAAUUCUGCAGGCUAUUCGUCAGGUACCUAAUGAAGCUGAUCGCCAUUACCUUCGAGACUGGGCAAGGGCAGAAUUCAAAAGAAAUCAAGAUGCUACAGAAGAGGAUACAAUUAGGAUGAUGAUCACUCAGGGCAACAUGCAGCUUCAAGAACUGGAGAGAACACUCAAGCUGGCAAAAUCAUAGCCCUAAUUCUGCUCACUCACAGAUUGUGGAAUGCAGUGUAUGUGUUAAACAUAGCUUUCUCAGAGGACAUUGGAUUAGGAGAGACUCCUCAAAGACCCCAAAUGUGAUUCCAGUGCAGACAUCUAGGAAUCAUUAGUAGGCAGCACUGCAUCAAGUUGGAAAAGCUGAGCCAUGACAGGAAGAAGUACACAAGGAGAGACUGCAAAAAGGUGAUGUCUAAAGCUAAGCUACAUCUGUCAAACAAGCAGAAGUGGACUUUACUACCUAAACUGAGCCUGUGGACACCAGGGUCUAGACUGUAAAUACUAGAACUACUAAACUAACUUUCUCUGCCACAUUAAAGAUCUUGUUGUUUACCAUUGAA